AUGGAGUUGCAGCAUUUAUCUCGUCUAACCACUUUGGAAGUACAUAUUCCUGAUGUGGAAGCCAUACCAAAUGAUAACUUGUUUCUAGGAAAGAUGGAAAGGUUCAAGAUUUCAAUCGGAGAUAAGAAGUGGUAUGUUCAUGAAUAUAGAGGGACGGAGACAUCAAGAAUGUUGAAGCUGAAGAUUAAUGAAAGUAUUGAUUUGGUCGAAGGGAUUUAUAAAUUGUUGUCCAGAAAAAUUGAAAGUCUAUGUCUGCAUGGAUGGAAAGAUGUUGUGGAAAGGCUUUACGAUCUAAAUGCUGAAUCUUUUGAGCAAUUAAGAUUCAUAAAAGUCGAAAAUUGCAAUAUGUUGAAGAGUUUGUUCUCAUUCUCCAUAGCAUUAAUUGUUGAAAAGGAAGAGAUUAGAGAGAAUGACACUCUGAAAUUUGAUAAAAAGGUUUCGUGUCCUGUCUUGGAGGAGUUGGAGUUGAACUCAAUCGGUGGCAUUGAGAAAAUAUGGCAUAUUGAUGAUCAAUUUCCAUUAAUGUCUUUUGGUGUUCAAAGUUUAACAAGUUUGACAGUGUUCGAUUGCCAUAAGUUGAAGUAUGUAUUUACUUCAUCCAUGGUUAGAAGCUUUGUGCAUCUGAAAACACUUAAGGCUUCUUAUUCUGAGGAAAUGGAAUGGGUAAUAGAGGGAGUAUUAGAGGCAACCGAAGAAGAAAGGAUUAACGGCAGCAUAAGUGUGUUCCCUAAACUUGAAUGUUUGGUACUCGAAUCUCUUCCAAAACUGAAAGGAUUUUGCUUUGGAAUUAAUCCGAUUGAGUUUCCCUCGCUAAGGGAUUUAAGGAUAACUGGAUGUUCUGAUUUGAACGCAUUCGUUUUUGAUAAUGGAAAGAGCAGAGCAGUGGUACCACAUUUCUUCCAUGAAAAGGUUUCGUGUCCUGCCUUGGAAGUGUUGGUGUUGAACUCAAUCAGAGGCAUUGAGAAAAUAUGGCAUAUUGAUGAUCGUCUUUCUGGAAGAUAUUUUAGUGUUCAAAGUUUAACAACUUUGACAGUUGAGGAAUGCCAUAAGUUGAAGUAUGUAUUUACUUCAUCCAUGGUUAAAAGCUUUGUGCAUCUGAAAACACUUGUUGUUUGUGAUUGUGAUGAAAUGGAAUGGGUAAUAGAGGGAAUAUUAGAGGCAACCGAAGAAGAAAGGAUUAACAGAAGCAUAAGUCUGUUCCCUAAACUUGACUCUUUGAAACUCAAAUCUCUUCCAAAACUGAAAGGAUUUUGCUUUGGAAUUAAUCCGAUUGAGUUUCCCUCGCUAAGGGCUUUAGAAAUAUGGAGCAGAGCAGUGGUACCAGAUAUCUUCCAUGAAAAGUUUGUUCUGCUUCUUAGCAAAUUUUCAAGGGAAAAAAUGGACGUUCUUAUUGGCAUUGUUGGAUCUCUUGCUGGAAAAGCUGUUGAGUACGCUGUCGAGCCCACUGCACGACAACUUAGUUACGUAAUCAAGUCCAGGAGCAAGUUUCAGAACCUCCAGAGAAAAGUUAAUGACCUAAAGGAUGCAAGAGAAAUGGUGCAACGAUCUGUUGACGCGGCUAGCAGGAAGGGGGAGGUGAUUACUAAGAAUGUUCAAAAUUGGUUGGAUGAGGCCAAUGAUAAGAUCUCCAAGCUGGAUUCAACGCAGACAGAGGCCAAUGAGAAGAUCUCCAAGCUGGAAGCAACCCAGACAAAGGCCAAUGAGAAGAUCUCCGAGGAUGCUGCAACACAAUUGCUAAAGGAUGAAGAGAAAGCAACCAAGUGUUUCGUGGGCUUUUGCCCUAAUUUCAAGUCUCGUUAUCAACUUAGCAAGAAAGCGGACAAGGAGGCCGAUGACAUAGCUCAACUCUUGAUCCAAAAGGAUGCAUUUAAGGAGGUUUUUACCUGCCUUCCUGCUCUUGAAGUGACAGACCUUAUCAGACCUGUCAAAGAGUACGAGGCCUUCGAAUCAAGAAGCGGUGCUUUCAACGGGGUCAUGGCGGCAUUGGAAGAUGAUACAGUCAGCAUAAUUGGAGUGUACGGUAUGGGGGGUGUGGGUAAAACCACACUCGUCAAAGAUGCUUUGAAACAUAAGGAGAAUUUGUAUGAAUGGGAGGAUGCUCUGGAGCGGCUAAAACCCUCUGAAAUAAACUACAGGGGGAUAUCUGGUGCUGUGUAUUCCGCUCUAGAGAUGAGCUAUACAUACUUGGAAUCGGAAGAACAUAAAUACACUUUCUUGGUCUGCAGUAUAAUGGAUCAUGAUGCUGCAAUCGAAGACUUGCUGAAAUAUUGUUGGGGCUUGGGUUUAUUUCCUGGCCUUGACAAGAUGGAAAAAGUGCGGAACAGAGUGUUGACACUGGUUAGCGAGCUCAAAGACUCUUCCCUGUUACUUGCAGGUUCCACCCCUGAACGCUUUGAUAUGCAUGAUGUUGUCUGCGAUGUUGCCAUUUCAAUUGCUUCUAGGGACCGUGAUUGGCUUGCUUUAGGAAAGGAAGAUGUAUUAGAAAAGAGGGAGGAUACAAUGAGAAACUCUCAUCUUGUUAGCUUAAAAUAUGCUAAGGUUAGUCAGCUUCCGGAUGAGUUGGAAUGUCUAAACCUUAAAUUUUUCUCAAUGCAUGGCUCUGUGGAAGUUCCCUAUAACUUUUUUAAGGGGAUGCAAAGACUCAAAGUCUUGGAAUUUGGCAAAACAAAUUUUACAACCUUGCCUUCCUCCCUUGGUUUCUUGAAAACUCUCUGUACAUUGCGUUUGAUAGGCUGUGAUGUAGAAGAUAUAGCCAUCUUAGGAGAGUUGGAAAAUUUGGAAAUCCUUGAUCUCCGUAGAUCUAGAAUGAAAAUGCUGCCAAAGGAGAUAGGACAGUUGACCAAGCUAAAAUUGCUAGACUUGAGUGACUGUUAUUAUCUUAAAGUAAUACCACCAAAUGUGUUGUCAGUGUUAUCCAAAUUAGAAGAACUAUACCUAUACAAUAGCUUUGACAAAUGGGAGAUUGAGGGAACUGAGAAUCCAAGAAGCAAAGCUAGUCUCAUGGAGUUGCAGCAUCUGUCUCGUCUGACCACUUUGGAAGUACAUAUUCCUGAUGUGGAAGCCAUACCAAAUGAUAUCUUGUUUCUCGAAAAGAUGGGAAGGUUCAAGAUUUCAAUCGGAGAUAAGAAGUGGGAUUGGCUUGUCUCUGAUGACAGAGGGAUGGAAACAUCAAGAAUGUUGAAGCUGAAGAUUAAUAAAAGUAGUGAUUUGGUCGAAGGCAUUUAUAAAUCAUUAUCCAGAAAAACUGAAAGUCUAAGUCUGCAAGGAGGUGAAGAUGUUGUGGAAAGGCUUUGCGAUCUAAAUGCUGAAUCUUUUGAGCAAUUAAGAUUCAUAAAAGUCGAGAAUUGCAAUAUGUUGAAGAAUUUGUUCUCAUUCUCCAUAGCGAAAAGCCUUCGCCAACUCGAAAAACUUGAGGUAUACAGAUGCGACAAUAUGAUAGCAGUAAUUGUUGAAAAGGAAGAGAUUAGAGAGAAUGAGACUUUGAAAUUUGAUAAAUUACGCGUCUUGAAGUUGAAUGCUCUGAAUGGCUUGUGGUAUAUAGAAAAUACAUAUCAAUCCGUCACAUGGCUUUUUGAUAAAAAGGUUUCGUGUCCGGCCUUGGAAGAGUUGUACUUGAAGUCAAUCGAUGGCAUUGAGAAAAUAUGGCAUAUUGAUGAUCACCUUUCUAGAAUAUAUUUUAGUGUUCAAAUUUUAACAAUUUUGACAGUGAAGAAAUGCCAUAAGUUGAAGUAUGUAUUUACUUCAUCCAUGGUUAAAAGCUUUGUGCAUCUGAAAAAACUUGUUGUUUGGGAUUGUGAUGAAAUGGAAUGGGUAAUAGAGGGAAUACUAGAGGCAACCGAAGAAGAAAGGAUUAACGGCAGCAUAAGUGUGUUCCCUAAACUUGAAUGUUUGAAACUCAGUUAUCUUCCAAAACUGAAAGGAUUUUGCUUUGGAAUUAAUCCGAUUGAGUUUCCCUCGCUAAGGGAUUUAAAAAUAGAGGAAUGUCGAAAUUUGAACGCAUUCGUUUUUGAUGAUGGAAAGAGCAGAGCAGUGGUACCACAUAUCUUCCAUGAAAAGGUUUCGUGUCCUGCCUUGGAAGAGUUGGAGUUGAACUCAAUCUAUGGCAUUGAGAAAAUAUGGCAUAUUGAUGAUCAACUUCCAUUAAUGUCUUUUGGUGUUCAAAGUUUAACAAGCUUGAAAGUAUGGAAAUGCCAUAAGUUGAAGUAUGUAUUUACUUCAUCCAUGGUUAAAAGCUUUGUGCAUCUGAAAACACUUGAGGUUCGUAAUUGUGAUGAAAUGGAAUGGGUAAUAGAGGGAAUAUUAGAGGCAACCGAAGAAGAAAGGAUUAACGGCAGCAUAAGUGUGUUCCCUAAACUUGACAUUUUGGUACUCAAUUCUCUUCCAAAACUGAAAGGAUUUUGUUCUGGAAUUAAUCCGAUUGUGUUUCCCUCGCUAAGGGAUUUAACAAUAACUGGAUGUUCUGAUUUGAAGGCAUUCGUUUUUGAUAAUGGAAAGAGCAGAGCAGUGGUACCACAUUUCUUCCGUGGAAAGUCUACGUUUCCAAAUCUACAUCAACUCUAUUUGGGAGAGAAUGAGCAGCAAUUAUUGCCAUCUUACUUGUUCCGGUUAUUAACCUUGCCCAAUCUUCAAAAACUCGGAAUAAGAGAUUCUCUUUUUAAAGAGAUGGUAUUCCAAAGUGAAGAAGGUGGUGAGGAAAAGCCUGCAUCGCUGCUACUCCCUCAGAUAACUGAAUUAAGGCUGAGUGAUCUUAGUGAAUUGAUGCAUCUAUGGAAGGAAAAGGAAGGAUUCCCAAAUCUAAGGAUUUUGCAUGUUAACAGGUGCCCUAAAUUAAAAGGUAAUCUAGUUCCAUCCUCGGUAUCUUUCCGAAAUCUGGUGACUUUGAGAGUAUUUCGAUGCCAUGGAAUCAAAAAAUUAAUCACACCUCCCACAGCAAAAAGUCUAGUGCAGCUCAAACAAAUGAGUAUUUCGUAUUGCGAAAAUAUAGAAGAGAUAAUACAAGGUGGGGACGAUGAUGAUGAUGAAAUCAGUUUACCCCAACUCAACCGUUUGGAACUCAGUGUUCUACCAAAGCUAGAAAGCUUCUGCUCAUCAGGGAAUUAUACCUUUUCAUUCCCAUCCUUGGAAGAUCUACUUGUAUAUAAUUGCCCAAAGAUGAAGAUGUUCUCUCAAGGACGCUCAAACACUCCAAAGUUGAACAAAGUAGUAAUAGAGAGUUGGAAAGGAGAAGUACAUUUGGAAGGCAACCUUAACAGAACCAUACAACAGCUAUUCAGACAAAAGCAUGCAAUGAUCGAGGAAGGUGAAAAUCCUGAAGAUGAAAAUUCUGAAGAUGAAAAUCCUGAAGAAGAUCAAAGCAAUCCUUCCACUUCUAACACCCAAAAUCUCACAGAGGAAGUGGAAAAUUCCAUAAAAGAUCAAGGCAAUUCUUCAACUUCUAUCUUCGAAUGACCUGAAUCAAUGUACGGUGGCAGAAAACAAGUUGACGAGUGAUGCUCUUUCUAUUUUUCUAUGACUUGAUUGAAGUUUGAUGGGUUGCGAAGAAUGAAUCAGUGUUGUGUAAUUAACAAAUUCUCCUUUGCGAUGUUGUUUGAUUGGUUCUAAUGUUUGUGAGGAAUAGCAUAGGUUGUGUGGCGAAGUAUGCAAUUUAUGUAACGAGGAUUCGUGAUAUAGUCUAAAUAAACCAUCUUUGCAUUUGUAAAUAUAUAUUUGUAGGGGAAGUAUUUUUGGCAAUGAUGUAUACUCAUU